AAUGUAACACUUUGCCGCUCUGGCAACACCAUGUCAACAACCAAGACACAACACACAAGAAGCAGAGACUCAUUAUAUCGAGGUUUCACUGUUUAUAUAUGCUUGAUCAGCACGGCGAGACGAGUUCAUAUAGCCACGUCCGUCCGCUUCUCCGUCUGGAUCUACUAAAGUGUUGUAGCUUUAUUAGUCUUACAGCAUUAGCAAGGGUGGCCACGGAAACUGUUUUUGGGAGCCAGAGCAACGGCGGCAGAAGUUGGGCAGAGAAAAAGAUCAUGAAUUCAGAUUUUGAUCCCGAUUACACUGUUUCUGGAACACGACGUAAUUUACGACAACGCCAAAGAAAAGCCGAAAACGAAGAUGUUCCCACGGAAAUGGAAAAGAGUAAGCGGCGAGGCAAGAAAAAGGGAAACUACUAUGGAAAAACCUCUGCCUAUGACGAGUAUGGAAAUAUUCGAUCCAAUGGUCGUGAUGUUUGUGAUUGCAUGAAUGACGAUUGCGAUGGAUGUUGGUCCGCUUGCCUGUCCUGCGGGUCUACAAAAUGUGGUCCCCAGUGCAGGGUUAAUCGAAAGUUUUUUUAUGAGUGUAUUGUGUACGAUGGAAAAGAUUUGUCUAUUGUUAAUAAGUACUUUCCUAGUUCUAAGAUCAGUAUGUAAUUUUAUGUGAAGAAAUAAAUUAAGAAUCAAUUGCUAUUUAUCGAAA